CAAGGGCCAGCUGCUUAGCUGCUUGCUUUUAAAGCAGUCAGCCUUGUAUCUUCAAAUUGUUUGAACGGUGCAAUCCUUUGAACUUAAAACCAAUUCAUCUUUCGACGCGGCGGGGACAAAUAAAUCCACGCGGUUCACACCUGAUUUCCUUCCGCGCACAAAUAAUCACAUACAAUAAAUAGUUCGAGACAACCCAGCCAUGCAACAAAUUCAACUCCCGUAAACAUCACGAUUGCGUAUCCCUUCAACAUGGCGCCGUCAGCAAUCGGCAUCCCGGCGCUUCCUGUGCGCCAGGAAAAGACCUAUCCACCCGCACGAAUCUUCAAUGUGAAGGAGACCAAGUUUGAUAAGCCCGUUCCCACUCAAGCAGAUGGCCUGGAAGAAGCUCAAUCGAAACCCGCCGGCAGCGUCGCAAUCGUCAUUGACAAUGGCUCAUCUGCUGUCCGAGCGGGAUGGUCAUUCGAGUCGAAACCGAGGCUAAGCAUCCCCCCCAUAAUGGCCAAAUACAGAGACAGAAAACUGGGCAAGACAUAUUCCUUCGCAGGCUUCGAUUGCUACGCCGACACGACCGCUCGAGGACAUAUCAGAAAUGCUUUUGAAGUUGGAACAGGCAUUGUAAGCAACUGGGACGUUGAAGAGCAUGUGUUGGAUUGGACAUUCUUGAAGCUAGGGUUGAACAAUGCUGAUGGUUCGGUUGACAUGCCCAUUGUCAUGACCGAAGCCGUAGCAAAUCUACCUUACUCGCGAAAAUCUAUGAACGAGAUCAUAUUCGAAUGCUACCAGGCACCUUCACUUGCCACGGGCAUCGAUUCUCUCUUCUCCUACCGCUACAAUAAGGGCCAGACAGGAUUGGUCGUCUCAUCAUCGUAUAGUUCAACCCAUGUUAUACCCGUAUUUGACUCCAAGGCCAUCCUAUCCCAGGCCAUACGACUGAAUUGGGGAGGAUGGCACGCUGCAGAAUAUUUACUCAAACUCAUCCGUCUCAAAUAUCCUUCAUUCCCCGGAAAACUUAACGCUUCACAGGCCGAGAACAUGAUCAGAGACCACUGCUACAUAUCCAAAUCAUAUGACGAAGAGCUACGAUCAUAUCUGGAUUGGACGGGGUUGGAAGACCGGGAUGUCGUAAUUCAAUAUCCAUUCACAGAGGAAGUGAUAAUUCAGAAGAGCGAAGAAGAGCUCGCCCGAAUAGCCGAGCGAAAAAAGGAGAGUGGUCGACGACUACAGGAGCAAGCUGCGAAAAUGCGACUAGAGAAGUUAAUGCGCAAGGAGCAAGAGUUGGAAUACUACAAGAAGCUACAGGAGAAGAUUAACGACGCGAACAAAAAGGACACAAAACGCCUACUCGACGCAGAGGACAUGAAGGACGAAGCACAGCUCGAGCGCAGAAUCAAGGAGUUGGAUAAAUCGAUCAAGCGUGCCCGUACAAAAGAUGUGGGUGGUGAUCCGGAGGAAGAACAAGAAGCUCCUGAUUUCAGCCUUCUUGAAGUACCGGACGACCAACUCGACGAAGCCGGCCUGAAAGCGAAACGGCAUCAACGACUGUUGAAAUCAAACCACGAGGCACGUGCUCGUGCUAAAGCCGAGAAGGAGGCCGAAAAGGCGCGAGUCGCAGAGGAAGAACGUUUAGACAGAGAACGUCGUGAGAAUGAUCUCGAGGGUUGGCUUGAGGAGAAGCGAGUCGCUCGCAAUCUUACCUUACAGAAAAUGAAGGAGCGUGAUCGCCUCAAGGCUGAUCUCGGAAACCGCAAGUCUCUGGCUUCUCAGAUUCGGAUGAAAUCUAUCGCAAAUCUUGCUUCAGAUAACCCACGAGGAAAGCGUCGUCGUGGCGGAGACGACGAUAACUUCGGUGCCAAUGAUGACGAUUGGGGGGUAUACAGGCAGAUUCAGGUGGGAGAAGGUGGAAGUGAUGAUGAAGAAGGCGAAGAAGACCUCGAGGGAACUCUUAAGACACUCGAGGAAGAUCUACUCCGUUACGACGAGGGCUUUACGCACGAGCAUACGUGGGAAGCACAGAACGAUUGGAAUAAGAGUCUUUUACACGCAUUCAUGCGUGGGCCGCGGCCAUUCGACCCUUCCUCUCAGGCAGAAAUUCACCAAAUACACCUCAACGUCGAACGGAUACGUGUGCCGGAGGUCGUCUUUCAACCUUCCAUUGCGGGAGUAGACCAAGCAGGGCUCGUCGAGAUUGCUGGUGAUAUUCUUACGCAACGACUUGUUGGCAUUGCGGGUCUAAACCGAGACGAUUUCCUCAAGGAUAUCUUCCUGACAGGUGGAAACACCCUCUUCGAAGGCUUUGACGAACGACUUCGUCAAGGUCUAACGCCCCUGCUCCCCAUAGAUUCACCCCUCAAGACUCGCAGGGCUAACGACCCUAUACUCGACGCGUGGAAAGGCGCUGCUCAAUGGGUGGGAACUCCCAGCUGGAAAACAGCUACGAUAACGAAGGCGGAGUACCAAGAGAAGGGUCAUGAUUAUUUAAAGGUACGUUAGCGGUUAUCUAACUUCCUUUUUUAUUUCUAUACCAUGACGCAGAUCGUAUGGGGGCGUCCCUGUACGCUACCAUACGAGACGAUUUAGCGGAACGAUGAUCUAUUGCGAAACUGUCAUAGCCACAAUUAGUUAGCUAUCGCGACAGCGCCUCGAUGUUUCAUGUUUCAUGAUUGAUGACUAUUGUUUUUGAGGCUCAACAAAAUCUGAAAAAGUUGGGCCAUAUCAACAAAUAGUCGAGACCACGAGUGUGGAGUUGGCGUGGGAUUUAAGCAACUUCCACUAUGGAUUCAAAUCCUUACCUUUCACGUGAAAAUGUAUACGCCAUACGCCGUACUUUCAUGAAACAGAUAGCCACAGAUUUAGACUAUUAUUGAUCGCUAACUUAUUAUUUUUAAAAUAGGAGCACGAUAUGGGCAACUCU